AUGGCCAGUGUAAAAGUAGAAGAUGGAAUAACCUUCUUCGAAAGAGAAAUAAAAGAGUUUUGCACCGAAUUAAAAAGCAUUUGUGUCACUGAACAAAUCACUCAGACUCGAGCACUGAGAGAUUCAUGCAAGGAUUUCAUAAAAGCACUUACAGAGAAAUGGUCCAAGAAGCUGAAAGAAAGGGACCUGAUGAUUGAUAAAAUUCAGGAGUAUAGCAAUGAGUUGCUCCAACAGAGCCAAUGCAUAUCAGAAAAUCAAGAGCACUUGACAGAAAUAAAUGCUAUCCUUAAUCAAGAAAAGCAGCAAAAGAAGGACUUGACUGACAGCAUCCAAGAGCUUAAAGAACAGAUGAAGAAGGAAACAAUAGCUUCUAAAUCCAAAAGCACUAAGGAGAGAGAGGAACAACUAUGCAAGUUGAAAACAUUCUUUGAAGAGAGGCUUGGACUGGAGAUAUGCAGAACUCACAAUGAACAAUUACAGUUUAUAUUCAGACACAUUGACCACAAAGAUCCCGACAAACCAUAUGUGUGUACCUUUUCCAUAAAUGAACAAGGAGAUUACGAAGUGACUUCCUGUACUCCUCCUCUGGAUUGUAUAGAAGAGUUCCACCUCAAAGUGAGAGAAACUAACAAUUUUUCUGUGUUUGUUGCCAACAUCAGAAAAGCUUUUGUUGCUUUAUCUUAUAAACAGUCUACAUAA